UAAACGGAGGUUUUCUGAAAAAAAAUGUUUUUGUAAGGAGUACAGUGUGUACUGUAACAUGUUAAAAAUGUUUGUAAUAAUUUGUUUUUUUUUUAUUGGAAAAUUGUAAAAUAUUUUGUAGUACAAUGUACCUGCAGUCGUUGAACGCCAUCCUUAUUUGAUAAUUGUAAUUUUUUUUAGAAAAAUGUAAAAUGAAAAUUUGCUGAACAAAGACGACAUUCUCCGAGUUUGUACUCUUCAACACUCACAGUACACAUUUGUUAUCAUCGUACCAUCAUACGUAGGAAAAUUUUCAGUCUUGGACUUUACACCCCAGCCUUUCAUCGUACGACAUGAAUCUUGCUUUUGAGCAUGAACCAGGAACUACUAUAGAGUGCUUGUCUAUACCUAACUAUAUAUCAGGAACUGCUAAAGAGUGCUUGUCUAUACCUAUCUAUAUAUCAGGAACUGCUAUAGAGUGCUUGUCUAUACCUAUCGUGCUUCACAAGGAAUCUGACGGAGAAGAUAGGGAAGGAAACCAGAUUCUUAAAUGUGGAUUCAAGAUUGGUGGAGGAAUUGAUCAGGAUUAUAGGAAAAGUCCACAGGGGUAUUCUGAUAAUGGUGUUUAUGUUACUGAAAUAUCUCCAGACAGCGCUGCGGUUAGAGCAGGUUUGCGAGUGCAUGAUAAAAUCCUGCAGUUGAACGGAUACGACUUCACGAUGGUAACUCACAAGAAGGCAGUUGACUACAUUAAGAAGCAUCAUGUGCUCAACAUGCUGGUAGCUAGAAAGGGGGUCACACAAACCUAAAUUUAAAAGAACUAGUAUUUUAAAACUGUG